GAAGAACGCACACGGCAACGAUUCAUUGGAUGGUUACCGCCACCACCAGUCUUACGUUUGCCGUGAGGUGCUGUGCAGCCCAGCGAAGUGCCAGUGACUAUACGAGGUUGUGCUGAUUCCACGCGAACGACAAGCUGCGGGUUCACUUUUCUUUGCUCCGAGAACGUCGAACUGGAGACGUAGACGAGCCUCAUAUCGCACCAAGGAGUCAUCCUAAACGACCCGACCAAUGAUCAGCAGUACAAACCAUGGCUUCGAAGGCUAGGUGCGCCCUUCGGCCAUUUUCUUUCGGACCAGAAUUGAAUAAAGGAAGCAUGUUCUAGUCUGGCUCGUGGCAGACAUCAAUGGAGGUUGUUAAUGUUCGGAGAUCAAGUUGCUCCGACACGAGGAGUUCUUCAAUGUGCUCAUCAAAAUAUAUAUGGGCCGUAGGUUUCAACAAAGGCUCUUGAGGGAACACACUCAUCUUUGACUAUCUUUGCGUCAGCUCACCAGCCAGAUCCUAAGCACUUAGUCCAUCUGCAUUUGAAUACCCAGCAUUUGCCAUGUCUUCGGUCACCCAGAUCACCAUUGCUGGUUUCACCGGCCGGUAAGCAUUUCGCCUCGCUUCUGACCUUUGAAAGUCAAGUAAAUUAUCCGUCCUGGGGCAUCUGAGUAACGUGUGCGUGACGCUAUAGAAUGGCUCAGCUCAUCACCAAAUACUUUUUGGACAACUAUCCCGCUGUGAAGAUCAACGGCAUCGUUCGCAAUGCUUCAAAGGUUCCUGACAACGUACGGACGUUGUCAAGCAUCGGUGUCUUCGAAGCUGAUGCUACUGACAAAUCCUCUUUAGUAGAAGCGCUCAAGGGCAGCCAAGUCUGCAUAUGCUGCUAUUCUGGCGAGCCUGUACUUAUGACGGACGGACAAAAGCUUCUGGUCGAUUGCUGUAUCGAGGCUGGAGUGUCUCGAUACAUUGCAAGCGACUGGGGCAACGACUUUCGCGCGCUUGCGCUCGGAGAGGUGCCCAUGAAAGAUGCGUCGAAACUUAUAUACAGCUAUUUGCAGGGAAAGAGAGCGGAUGGGAAAGACAUACUUGGAGUGCACAUUCUCACAGGCACCUUUAUGGAAGUGCUGUUUUCGCACAUGUUCGCAGAUGAUGCACAUACAGUGAUCAAGUACUUUGGAACCGGAGACGAGAGAUUCGAUGUGUCUGCGAUGCCAGAUGCUGCCGCAUGGACCGUUGAAGCCGUCAUGGACCCAAAUGCCUCUGGGGUAAUCGAAGUGCGCGGAGACCGCGUCUGCUACAAUGCCAUUGCCAAACAGCUUGAAGAAGUGUAUCAGACCAAGAUUACGCUCCAAAAUUGCGGCACGCUCGACUCGCUCAAGAGUAUGAUUGAUAGAUUGCGCCAAAAGGAUCCUGGUAACGUCAAAGCUUGGGCGCCGCUUCUUUUUGUGCACUAUGUGCUGAGCGGAAAAGGAGACUUGAAGAAUGUAGACAGUACACGCUACCCAAAGGUCGACCCUCUUUCACUGACAGGGUUUCUGAAUCAACACACACUGGCCGAUGUCACCGAGUAUUAUUGAUAGUUUACGUCAUGUACUGCACGAUACAUAGUCUACA